AUGGAUGCCGAUUUCGAUGCGAUCGACAUCGAUGAUGAUGAAGACGACGAUGCUGGUAUAUUCAGCAUCGCCAAUGACUGCUACAGUGAGGACGGUGACGCCCUCACUGGUGAAGACAACGUUCUUUCAGCAGUGCACACGAAGAGCACUGCUGUUAACAAGGAUGAGUCAUCAAAGGAAUUCUGCUGA